UUCUGCAUGGACAGCGUGGAAUACAGGAACUGUUCAGGAAAUUGUAUGUUUUGCUAAUAUUUUUAGAGACUGCAGACACAUGAUUCCUGUGAAGUAACAGUAAUCCUAGGAACUUAUACACAUACCGUUCAGGGAUAAACCAGUGACACAAUACAUCUCUGCAAUACCAAAGGGAAAAAAAAAAGAAUCAGCAAAGAUGUCAAAAAUCGAGAAGAUGAGCAUCAUGGGAGUUCGGAGCUUUGGGGUAGAAGAUAAAGACAAACAAGUCAUCAGCUUUUUCACCCCGCUGACUAUUUUAGUAGGACCCAAUGGAGCAGGGAAGACUACUAUUAUUGAGUGCCUCAAGUAUAUCACCACGGGGGAUUUUCCACCAGGAUCCAAAGGAAACACAUUUGUUCAUGAUCCAAAGGUUGCUCAUGAGACAGAUGUGCGAGCUCAGAUUCGCCUGCAGCUCAGGGAUGUCAAUGGAGAACUCGUGGCUGUCCAGCGCUCCAUGGUCUGUACGCAAAAAGGAAAAAAAACUGAAUUUAAAACCUUGGAAGGAGUGAUAACCAGAAUAAAACACGGAGAGAAAGUCAGCUUGAGUACUAAAUGUGCAGAAGUGGAUAAAGAAAUGAUCAGCGCUUUGGGAGUCUCCACCGCGGUCCUUAAUACAGUAAUCUUCUGCCACCAAGAAGAGUCCAACUGGCCUUUGUGUGAAGGAAAACAGCUGAAAGUAAAGUUUGAUGAAAUCUUUUCAGCUACAAGGUAUAUUAAAGCUUUGGACACUUUACGUCAAGUGCGACAAAAGCAAGCCCAACGAGUAAGGGAAUGUCAGGCUGAACUAAAAUACCUAAAACAAAACAAGGAAAAAGCCAGUGACAUUAAAGACAAUCUUCAAGCCAAAGAAGCUCAGUUGGCAGCUUCCAAAGAAAAUGUAAAGUCUAUAAACAAUCAGCUUGAGCCCCUCAGAGCACGUUUGACUGAUAUUCAGAAGAAUCUUUCUAAAGUAAUGAAAUUGGACAAUGAAGUUAAAGCACUUGAAAGUAGAAAAAAAACAAUGGAAAAAGAUAACCAAGAUCUUGAAGAGAAGAUGGAGAAGGUUUUUCAAGGGACAGAUGAUCAACUCAAUGAGAUGUACCAAAACCAUCAAAGAACUGUGAGAGACAAGGAGCGAAAGCUGACUGAACAUCAGCGUGAUCUGGAUAGAGCAGUAAAAGACUCGCAAAGACUCAACCGAGAAAAGGGCGAUUUGCUAGUCCAGCAAGGACGUUUACAACUGGAGGCAGAAAAGCAACAGCAGAACAUCAGGACUCGAGACUUACUCAUAAAGACAUUGGCAGGACAGCUUGAAUUAGAUGGUUAUGAACGGACUCCUUUUAAUGAGAGGCAAAUUAAGAGCUUUCAAAAGCUUGUAAAAGAAAGACAAGAAAGGGACGAUGAGCAUGCAGAACUGAUACUGAAUGGUAACAUUAAGGUUUGCCCGUUUAUAUUCAAGGAGCUGGCAUCGGCAGAGCAGAACAAAACUCACAUGACCAAUGAACUGCGCAGAAAGGAGGAACAGUCUUCAUCACAUGAAGAAAAACUGUUUGAUGUAUGUGGUAGUCAGGACUUUGACUGUGAUCUGACUCGCUUGCAGGAAGAUAUAGAAAAGACCUCCAAACAGAGAGCAAUGCUUGCUGGGGCAACAGCUGUGUACACUCAAUUUAUCACCCAGCUAACAGAGGAGAAUCAGCCAUGUUGUCCAGUAUGCCAGAGAAUAUUUCCCUCAGAAGCAGAGCUGCAAGAUGUAAUUAAUGACAUGCAGUCCAAACUGCGCCUAGUCCCAGAUAAGCUGAAGUCAACUGAAGGAGAAUUAAAAAGAAGAGAGAAGAGGAGGGAUGAAAUGAUGGAGCUCAAGCCUAUGAGGCAAACAUUGAUUGAGCUUAAAGAAAAAGAUAUCCCAGAACUAAGAAAUAGACUUGCUGCCACAAACAGGGAAAUACAGAGGCUAAAAAAUGAUGUGGAAGAACAGGAAACUCUUCUUGCCACAUUUAUGUCUGAGGAAGAAAGCGCCAAGGCCUGUUUGCAAGAUAUUUCCCUAAUGGAAAGAUACCAAAUGGAAUUGAGAGAUGUAGAACGGAAAAUAGCACAGUAUGCCACUAAACUGCAAGGAGUAGACCUUAAUCGCACUGUCCAGCAGGUUAACCAGGAGAAACAAGAAAAACAGCACAGUUUAGAUAAUGUUUCUGGAAAAAUAGAACUAAUAAGGAAGCGCAUUCAAGACCAACAGGAACAGAUUCAACAAAUUAAAAGUACAGUGAAUGAGUUAAAAGGGGAAAAACUACAAAUUUCUAGCAACCUCCAGCGUCGUCAACAACUGGAGGAUCAAAAUGCAGAGUUAUCAACUGAGCUCCAGGGUCUCUACAGAGACAUUAAGGAAGCUAAAGAACAAGUAAGUCCACUAGAAGCCACAUUAGGAAGACUUCAGCAGGAGAAGCAAGACAUUCAUGCUAAAAAAGAAUCAAGCUACAAGGGAGCACAGGAAAAGUUAAAUGACAUAAAUGAAAAAGUGAAAAAAAUCAGUGCGUACGUGAAAGACAUUGAGAAGUAUAUUCAAGAUGGAAAAGAAGAAUUCAAGGAGCAAAAGGAGUCUGAGCUGCAAGAACUGGCUACACGGCUAAAUGAUUGUGAAAAGCAGAAGGAUAAGAUAAAUAAGGAAAUGGUCACCAUUAGACAAGAUAUUGACACGCAGAAAAUUCAGGAACGUUGGCUUCAGGACAACUUAACUUUAAGAAAAAGAAUAGAGGAGCUUAAAAGAGUAGAAGACGAAAUAGAAAAACUUGUCAAGGAAAUGGGACAGAUGAAAGUCCUGCAAAUGAGAACUGAGUACCAAGAGUUGGAAGAUAAGAUUGAGACUCUGAAGAGAAAUCAUAGCCUGGCACUUGGAAGGCAGAAUGGAUUUGAGGAGGAGAUUAUACGUUUCAAAAAAGAACUGCGUGAGCCACAGUAUAAGGAUGCUGAAGAGAAAUACAGAGACAUGAUGAUUGUUAUGAGAACUACUGAACUUGCAAAUAAAGAUUUAGAUAUUUAUUAUAAAACCCUGGAUCAGGCUAUAAUGAAAUUCCAUAGCAUGAAAAUGGAAGAAAUAAAUAAAAUUAUCCGUGACCUUUGGCGGAGCACUUACCGAGGACAAGAUAUUGAAUACAUAGAGAUUCGUUCAGAUGCAGAUGAAGGUGCCACUGCUGCUGAUAAAAGGAGAACAUACAACUAUCGAGUAGUGAUGAUAAAAGGUGAUACUGCUUUGGACAUGAGGGGACGUUGCAGCGCCGGUCAGAAGGUUCUGGCUUCCCUCAUCAUUCGACUUGCAUUGGCAGAGACAUUCUGCCUAAACUGUGGCAUACUUGCACUUGAUGAACCCACCACCAAUUUAGAUCGUGAAAAUAUAGAAUCUCUAGCACAUGCUCUUGUUGAGAUAAUUAAAAGUCGUUCAAGGCAACGGAAUUUUCAGCUUGUUGUGAUCACACACGAUGAAGAUUUUGUUGAGCUUCUGGGACGUUCAGAAUAUGUGGAACAUUUUUACAGGAUUAAAAAGAACAUGGAUCAAUGUUCCGAGAUCAUAAAGUGCAGUGUAAACUCCUUAGGAUCAUAUGUUCACUAAGCACGGGGAAAUGUAAUUUAUCUCACAUGUUUAUUUACAUGCUCUACAUUAUAUUGUUUAUCAGUCUUCACUAUUAAAAAAAUAGGAAAGGCUGAACUAUUUCUGGCCAUUCCAAAAUUGGUGUAAUUCACAUGGGAUAUAUUGGCCAAACCAUCUUUGGCCAAUAUAUCCCAUGCACCAUACUGUUCUUUCUUCAGCUGUGUAGGAUCCACAUUGACACUUGUGAGUGCUUCAGCUAUUUUUCAAGACAUAACAAAAGUCACUCUUCAUUUGCCAAAAUAGUUGUCUAGUAAGACACAUGCUACAUUUUUCUGAAACUGGAUUAGUAUGAGCAAGAUGAAAUACAAAAAAUGUGUAAGCAUGUUAUUUAAAUAUGGAUAAAAAAUGAAUACUUAUCUGUUCAGUAGGUUAUUUAAGAAUGUAAUUGUAUUAAAGCACAUUUGUACCAGCUUCUGUCAGGCACAAAAAAAUAUAAAUGUCUUUCAAUAUUAAACAUGUACUAUACAGCACCUGCAGUACUACACAUAUUUGUCAAUAAACAACAGUUGCUCAUAUUCAGAAAAUUGUGGGGGGGGGUUUAAAAUAAAAUUUGUAUAAGCA